UGUAGGGAGAGUUUCUGGCUUGUCUGGAAACAGCAAGACUAAUUGCCAUGCGCUUCCGGUUUGAAACUGGCAGCAGACAACAUCUUGAAAAUGAGUCACUGCUGCUCACAAAGAAACUGUGGUUUUUCUCCUUCUCAGGUUUAUGUAUUUGCUCUUUUUUUUUACAGUUUCCUUUGUAGUCUUCAGAGGAGAAGGAGCACAUUUCCUUCACUCUCUCUCCAUUUUUCCUUCCCCAAACAACCUUCCCCACUCCCCCUCUUCCAUCCAUUUUAUUUUCUACUUUUCACCCCCAGCUCCAAAAAACAGAGAAAGAGAGAGAGAGGAGGGGAAGAAAACUGGAGAGUUGUUUUUGGAGCUGCCUUUUGGUGAAGGUUAGAGGGACUCUUGAUGCUGCAAGGAGGAAAAAGUUCCCUGAAUUUUCCACUGACUGCAGGAAGAGCGCCCAUUUAGUCAUGGCUAAGUAAUGUCUGCACACACCAACUAAUCUCAUUAAGCGUUUCCGUUCCCUAACACAGGAGGGUUUUGUGAAGCCCUCUCCGCCUUUCUGCCACUACUGUUGAAAAUGAAAAGGUGACCAGAGAUCUGGGAAACUGCAUUCAUGCACAAAUACUCUUAUUCCAGAAUAGGGAUCCCAUUAAGUAUACAUGGCAUGGAGAGUGCAAUCACAUUGUGGCAGUUCCUGUUGCAGUUGCUUCUUGACCAGAAACAUGAGCAUCUGAUUUGUUGGACAUCUAAUGAUGGUGAAUUUAAGCUUCUUAAAGCAGAAGAAGUGGCAAAGCUGUGGGGACUCAGAAAAAACAAAACUAAUAUGAACUACGACAAGUUGAGCAGAGCUCUGAGAUACUAUUAUGACAAGAACAUUAUCAAGAAGGUGAUUGGGCAGAAGUUUGUGUACAAGUUUGUGUCGUUCCCUGAGAUUUUAAAGAUGGAUCCUCAUGCUGUGGAGAUCAGCAGGGAGAGCCUUUUGCUGCAGGACAGCGACUGCAAGAUACCUCUUGAGAACAGAGAACAACACAAGCAUAGUCUGUCAGUCCUGAAAAGCACAAACCGUAAUGAAUAUAUCCAUUCAGGAUUGUAUUCCUCAUUCACCAUCAACUCCCUACAAAACCAGCCAGAAAACCUCAAGCAGAUCAAAACAGAAAAGAUGGAGGAGAAAUUGGAAGAGGCCACCACUCCUUUGGAAGAAGUCCGGACUGUUAUAAGAUUUGUGACGAACAAAACAGACAAGCAAGUAAUGAGACCCAUAGUGUCAUUGCCUUCAACCUCUGAGGCAGCAGCUGCUUCUGCUUUUUUAGCUUCCUCUGUCUCUGCGAAAAUAUCAUCAUUAAUGUUGCCCAAUGCAGCCAGCAUCUCCUCAGCUUCACCUUCUUCCUCCAGGUCACCAUCUCUGUCUCCUACUUCACCCCUCCCUUCAGAACACAGAAGCAUCUUUUUGGAGUCCAGCUGCCAGGAUUCUGAUUCCCUUGAGCCACUGAAUCUCUCAUCAGGAUCCAAGGCAAAAUCUCCUUCUCUUCCCCCAAAGGCUAAGAAACCCAAAGGUUUAGAGAUCUCAGCCCCUCCAAUGGUUCUCUCAAGCACUGACCUCGGCUCUAUUGCCCUCAACAGUCCUGCCCUCCCUUCCGGAUCUCUGACUCCAGCUUUCUUCACUGCUCAGACCCCAAAUGGAUUGCUGUUGACCCCAAGCCCACUGCUUUCUAGUAUUCACUUCUGGAGCAGCCUCAGUCCUGUUGCUCCUUUGAGUCCUGCCAGGCUGCAAGGACCAAACACCUUAUUUCAGUUCCCAACUUUGCUCAAUGGUCACAUCCCAAUGCAAAUUCCCGGCUUGGAUGGGUCCUCUUCUCCAGUUCUCCUUUCUCCAAAUACCCAUAAAUCCUGAUAUCUCAGCAAAUGAAGGACUCACUAACAAACUGGAUAUUCCACAGCCAUUCUGAUGGGUUUCAUUUUUCUGGUGAUGCCAGGAGGACAUGAAGAAACCCCCCUUUUUUACUAUGGUUUGCACUUUUCAUUACAUGGAUGAUCUACUUGUAUGAUGUUUAUUUAGCAUUUUUAAACAGUGUUUUUUUGUAUAAGAAUUGUUUUGCAUUAAAAUGUUGUAAUUUUUUUUAUAUUCUUAUUCUCCAAGUGUUGAACACUGUUCCUGAAGUACCUUUCUUAAUAGAUAUCAAAACAAUAUCUAAAGGAUGUGAAACUUUUAAAUCAUGUAUGUCUGCAUAUUAUGAGUUAUGCUUGUGUAAACUAUAACCGGCUGUGCCUUCUUUUGCAUAAUGUUAUAAAAUGAUUUAUAUUUUUCCAGUAUUAAGAAAAAAGUUGAAAAGGAACCAAUUAAUGAACAACCCCUUAUACUAGUAUUUCAGUAUUCCCCUUGCCAUAGGCCAUAUUGUGCAGUGUAUUAAUGUAAUUUUGAAUUAAGUGCUUUCCAAUUAUAUAAAGAUUCCUAUUUCUUUGCUGAAUUGAGAGGCCAUAAAUGUUUUGGCCAGUAAAUGUGUUUUGAGACUAGGACACUAUUUAGAACUAGGUGCUUGAAUUCUUCUUUGAGGUUAGAGGAAAAUGCUCUUAAAAUAUUAUAACAUAUUUUAAGGUCACUAGAGGAUAUAACCUUGCUCAGUACCAUUCAUUUUCAUUUCUUGUUCAAGUUGUUGGGAGGCUUCACACUGAUCGUUUUCUUUACUGUACAGGUAUUGCACAUUACAGUUUUUAUGAGCUUUGUUAAUCAGGGUUGUGAGUGUAUCUAGUUUUGCAGGGUCAAAACAUUGUGUGUGGUGUUUUUUUUAAAUAUGGGCUGCAUUCAGAAUUUUAAAAAGUAUUUCCAGCUUUUAUGAUUGGGGGGGGGGGAAUCUUCUAACAUAACAACAUAUCAAUGCCUAGGAAGCAAAUACCAACAUGCUCACAAGAUGUUUUCAAACAUUAUUAUUUUCUCUACUAACAUAUCCUUGAAUACUAUGAUUUGUCACUGCCAUAGCUUGUGGUCUCUCCAAAAAACCAGAACCUUGAAGGCAGAGGGAGUAUCUUGCUAUUUCCUAGAAUGACUUGAUUUCUGAAAGAUGAAACGUAACACAAAACUAGGAUUAAAUAAGUGUGGGUGGCAUCAUGUCCAUCAGUAAGAUUAAAUUAAUUAAUUAAAAAUUAAUUAAAAAGUUAACUGGAGAAUUCAUGUGAAUGGCAGUGCUACUGUAUGCACAACUUAACGUAACUAUGAAAUUUUGCUCAAAAAGGGCUGAUUCCAUUGAUCUGCAAGCAUCUAGACACUCUUGUUACUGUAGAUUGACUGGAAGUGAUAAAUAUUUGGUCUUCUGGGCUGUGAAAUUGACCCCCCCCCGUGUUUUGAAUGAAAUUAUGGGACAUGGGCUGAUCAUUGUACUUUACAUGCCGAACUGUGAGCUUUACUCUUUUUUCUCAAACAGUUUUUGUCAUAUGAAGAAGGAACCUAGUUUUCACAGGAUUGUAUAUGCUUAUAAAACUUCCUGUCAGCAUAUGUUCACUAUUCUCUUCCCCUUUUGUAGAAUGCAUUAUUUCAAAUUUAUUAAUUUCUGUACCUAAAAAUACACUUACUACUUGAAUAUAUUCUUCCUCCCUCACACACAGAAUUCUACUUAUAGUUCUGCGGAAUAUUUGGACAGUAUAUAUUUUUCUAGGCUGAUCCAGAUAGUCUCUUAGACUGCCAUUUCCCUUCCUGAUGUGUGGAAAUUGUAGUCCUACAUUUAUUUUCAUACAGUGCAGUCAUAUUCUUCAACCUACAAAAUCAUAUAAUCAGAAGAAUCCACAAGGGCCACCCUUUUUUAAAUAAUAAAAUAAAUAAUAAAAAUAAUAAAAUUAUUAUUAUUAUCAUUAUCAUCAUCC